GGCUGUCUUUAUCCAGGCGCCAAGUUCCAAGGCUAUCAGAAGUCUGGCCGGCUAAGCUACGACGUCACAGUCGAAAUCCUGAAUGUGGACAUGCCUAACUCGCACCUCGACGGCUACUUGAAUAUCCGCGGUCUGACGGAGGAUUGGCCAGAGAUGACCACUUACUUUGAGGCAGAGAUCAUCGGGCAAGAGCAUCGCUUCACGACGGGCAAGUGGGGAGCAAGCCAGGCGGAUGAUGUCAAGCAUUGGAGCCGAUUCAUGCCUUUCGAGCUGCAGGAGACCUUCAAGAAAGAAGGGCCGCGAUUCAAUCAUCUCAACAAACCUUUUGUGUUCAUGAGAUGGAAGGAGCGCUUCUUGGUCCCCGAUUGGCGCGUCCGAGACAUCCAUGGAGCCUCCUUCGCUGGUUUCUACUACGUCUGUGUCGAG